GCUUUUGGUUGUGUGUGCAGUUUUUUGAGGUUAUUUGUGUCAGAGCAAUGGCUGCAGAAAGGGAUGAGCUUCUUGAGGAGCUUUUUGGACUCAUCAUCUCCUUGGAGGAAGAAGGCCAGCUGGACACCCGUUUCAUGGAUAACUAUACUAUGAAACUGGCUCAUGACUCGACCUUUUUCCUCGAGUUGGUUGUAACGUUCUGCGAAGAAGUUCAAGAUGCACUACGCGAUCUGGGUUCUGCUUUGGAAGACCGUUUAGUGUGCUAUGGGGAAGUGUAUGAUCACUAUAAAAAGCUUAAAGGAAUUAUAGAAAGUUUUGGUGCUUCGGCGAUGGGGCGGAAUCUCGAAGAACUCCUCCACAGCAUCCUAGAUACCUCCAGAAGAGAGUGCAUCUUGGCACAUCUUCGUUUGCAUCGGGGGUUAGAGAAUCUGCGUCCGCACUUGAGACGUAUCACCAGGCUUGAGCGCAGGAUUAUCUACCUUGAGCGUACCCUUGCGGGAGAUUUCAAUGACGACGAGUAAAACCAGAUGUUCCGUGUCUUAUCAAGGCCCAUAACCCAAGGGUCUGAGCAUCUGAACUUGCUCUACUUUUGCUGUUCUGCUGUUUCGUGUCCAAGCAUCCAGACUUGCUCUUUGUAUAACUAAUGUCGCUUGUGCGUUGAGUGGCUGAACUUCUCUUUGUUGGUGUGGCUAUCCUAUAAAUAGAACC